AUGAUGCUAAAUGUGUUAACACAUCAAAAGGAUAUUCUCUCCGCUUACGAUAUUGUUCUCAAAUCACCGGGCUGUGACAACUGGAUAAUUCUGGAAUAUGAAAGCAAUUCGAAUAUCAUUAAGGUGGCAGAUACUGGAGAUGGUGGUAUGGAAGAAUUGUCGAGGAGCUUUGCAGCCGGAAAAUUGCAGUACGGUAUCGGUGCUGUCAAAUUGAGUGCUUCAGCAAGUGCAAAAGUCGUCCUUAUUCAAUGGCAGGGUGAGGGUGUCCCGUCGUCGCGUUUGGUUGCAACAACGAAUCAUGGCACUGAAUUGAAACGUUUUUUGCGCGGCGUACAUGUGAUUUUAAUUGCUCGAAAUGAAGAAGACGUUGACAUGGAAAGCAUAUUGCGUGUAGUCAGCAGAUUGCCAGGUGUAAGUGAAGCGGUACCAACUUUGACUGAAAUUUCGGAGUUUUCACAUUCAGAGGCAAUUGGGACUACCUAUCAUCCGGUGAAACCAAAAAAUGAAAUUGAUACAAAUAGCCGAGAAAAUUUCUGGAAAGAAGUAAGAGCGCAGGAGAUUAGUCGAAUUGCUGAAGAACGAAAGCGAGAAAAGGAAAAGAAUGAAAUAGCUCUUCGUGAAAGAAAUGAAUUAAGUGAAAAGAUAUGUGCCCAGCUAUGUUCAGAAGAAGAAACUAAAAAAGCCAAUGAAUCUUCAAGUACAACAGCAUAUGGAAAAAUAAUUCGAGCAAAUGAUUUACUGCGGGUUAAAAAGGCCUUAUUCGAAGAGUCUGAUAAACCACAGCAGUGUAUCACAGAAUACCAUAAGAUGCAACCGAUGACUAUAGAACGAACAACAAAAAAGCAAUCUUCAGGAUGCAUUUCAACUAAUGAAGACAACGCUGAUAUUCGUCAACAGGAAAUUGAAGUAAACGGUUCUAUUACUUAUCAAACGAAUAGAAUUUUCACCCAGGAGGAUACUUUGAAGAAAGCUGAAAGUGAAGUAACUCCAGCAAUGAAAGAUGCAAAGCCAUCACAUGGAGUGCGUGUUAUAGCUCUGUGGGACUAUCAAGCUGCUGACGAAACUGAAAUUUCAUUCAAUCCAGAUGAUGUUAUCACGGAAGUGGAUCAAAUUGAUGAAGGUUGGUGGCGGGGUCGAGCUCCGGAUGGUCAUUAUGGGCUCUUUCCCUCUAAUUACGUCAGUUUGUUGUAA